AUGGGUAAGGAAUUGGAGUACACAAAGAACGACGUUCUGAUGCGCUUUUUUGACACAUGUGAACACCUGAAAACGGUGUGGAACAGCCCAGAAGCUAUGAAAGAGGUCGAUCUCUUCCAAAACGGCCUGAAGAUGAAGAGGGUUCAGAGGGAAUUGGCCGACCUGCUACAGAUCCCUAAAACCAAAAUUACCCCAGACUUAGUGGAUGCAGGAUUCUACCUGUGUGCCUAUGAGUUCACCAUCCAUGGACUGAUCUCCCCCUGGUGCCAGCUAUUUGUUAGACCAAAUGCAGAGAUUGUAGAAUAUGCUUCCGACCUUAAGCUGUAUUAUAAGAGAGGUUAUGGCCAUGAAAUCAACAGCCAGGCCAGCUGCGUUCUCUUCCAGGACCUGUUCAAACGCCUUGAGAAAGCAGCCAACGAGUUCAGGCCUGGCCAGCCUGUAUCUGAGGUGGCCACAGUGCAGAUCGGUCAUGCCGAAACACUGCUGCCUCUUAUGACCCUGCUGGGCCUCUUUAAGGACAACAUCCCUCUUACCGCCGACAACUACCUCUCUCAGAACAACCGAGCUUUCCGCGGCGGGAAGAUCAUGCCUUUCCUCGGUAACCUGAUGGCAGUGCUGUGGAAGUGCUCUAAUGACUUUAGGCUGCAGUUGCGAGUGAAUGAGAAACCAGUGCAAGUGCCGGGCCUCAAUGACCUCUCACCUCUGUUUGAGAAUGUUAAAAAACAAUAUCAGCAGAUACUGGGCUGUAACCAAGAGGCCAUCUGCAAAAACAAGUAAAAACCAAAAGACUACACUGAAAAAAGUAAUGCACUGAAAUUAAAUCAUGUUUUUUUUUAGUUUACUUAAUUUUGCCCCUCGUUUUGCUGAUGCACUACG